GCUUUUUUUAUUUUAUUUUUUUGCUCUUUUCUUCUUUCUAGUUUGAAAAUUUUUUUUUUUAUUUAUAAUUAAAAAAACAAAAUGGAUACGUUUGGGAGUAUUUUGGAUCAAUUGUCACUGUCUACACUAAGAUAUCAUUGGCAAACAGUGUUAACCUCCACCGUGAUAUUUGCCAUCAUUUAUGAAAUCUCUAGGAUAUUCUCUCCCGUGUUAUUCCCAAAGACCUUUCAGUUCUUCAAAGGCUACAAUGGACCCAAUUGGCAUGUGCAUGUUGUCUCGACUAUCCACUGUCUCGUGGUGGUGACUGGAUCAUUCUUUAUUUUUGCAGAUAAUACACUGGAUCAGGAUAGAGUGAACGGUUAUGUAAGAUGGGCAGCUGAUAUAUAUUCGAUCUCUUGCGGUUAUUUCUUAUGGGAUACCAUCAUUGCGAUUUAUUUCUAUAAAUAUCAAGGCAUCAGCAUGGUAUUACACGGCAUUGUGUCUUUCUCGGUCUUUAUUUUUUCUUUCCGUCCAUUUAUCAACUACUAUGGUGCUAUCUUUCUCAUGUACGAACUCAGCACAAUAUUUCUCAACUUUCAUUGGUUCAUGGAUAAAUUGGGUUGGACAGGUUCCAUUAUUCAAUUGGUAAACGGUGUCAUCUUGUUGCUCACCUUCUUUUUCGCUCGUAUUGUGUUUGGAACUUACAUGUCAUAUCAAAUGUGGAGUGAUAUUUACGCAGUCAAGGAUGAUGUACCAUGGAGAUAUUGGAUUGUUUAUGGUGGAGGUAACUUUAUCACCACUUGUUUAAAUAUUUGGUGGUUUAGCCAAAUGAUCACAAUGUUACGCAAGCGAUUCCCUGCCAAGGAAACAGCCAAACACAAGUAGUUUUCUUUUUCUUUUUUUUCAUUGUACACCUACAAAUAAUGAUACCCAACACAAAUCCAUGUGUAUUUUGUCCAUCAUUCCCUCCUUCCCUCCCUCCACCAACACCAAAAAUACUAAAAAAAAAGGCUCUCUUCCCCCCAAAUUCAAUAUAUAAAUAACGCUGUGCAAUCAUGUCAUGGAUCAUUCUUGUUUGAACUCUGUAAUAAGCUUUCCGACCAGUCUGUAUUUUACAUUAAACUGCAUCCUUAAAAUCAUCUCUUUUUUCAGCUCUCCCCCCAAUUGCCACUUUGGUCAAACUGUCAAUUUCUAAAAGGGGAGUCUAGAUUCCCACUCUUUUUUAUUUACAGCACAUAUUCUCGGUUACAAUGAGAAGGCUUCUUAGAAAUUUAUCAUUAAAACAAACAAAAAUAGACUAAAUAUUCUCAGUAGUAAGA